AUUUGAAAUUGAAUCGGAAGUGGAAGCCGUUUUUGCAAUCUGGCUCGGAUAUUAUGGCGAUUCCAUAGGAAAAUACUAGUUGAAUGGAAAAGCGUCCGUAAUCACUUAUAUAUACGCGUGUGAGUGUGUGGGUGUAAUUUUUCCUCUUUCAACAAAACGCCGUUCUCUUCUGCUCUCCAUUUUCCUUCUGCAUUUAUUCUCCACGUGCAUUCUCUUUCCUCUAAACAAACCCUCGUUAGUUACCUUCCAUCCAAAUCCUAAACCAAAACCAAAUUACAUUCAUUCCUCAAUUUCAAAUCAACCCAAUCAGUUACCCGUUUUUGCGUGAGAAAAAUAUAGAAACCGCCAUUGUAUCUCUGAAUCAUGUUCUACGAUUCUUCUAUUCACUGAAUUUAACCGGUUAAUAAAGAUCUGAAUCUGUCUCAUCAUUUCGAAGCGCUUAUGGGUGGUUCUGGUUCCAAGCUUGAAAAGGCUCUCGGUGACAAUUUCCCCGAAGGAGAACGUUACUUUGGCCUUGAGAAUUUUGGAAAUACUUGUUAUUGCAACAGCGUUUUGCAGGCUCUAUACUUCUGUAUUUCAUUUCGAGAACAAUUGAUAGAGUAUUAUGCUAAACACAAAAGCCUAACAAAUGCAGAGGAAAAUCUUUUGACUUGCUUAGCGGAAUUAUUUUCGCAGAUAAAUUCCCAGAAGAGGAAAACAGGUGUAAUUUCUCCCAAACGAUUUAUACAGAGGUUGAAAAAACAGAAUGAACUCUUCCGUAGCUAUAUGCACCAGGAUGCCCAUGAAUUCUUGAACUAUUUGUUAAAUGAAGUUGUUGACACUCUGGAGAAAGAGGCCCAUGCUGCAAAAGUCAAUCAAAAGACGUCUCCACCUUCUGAGAAGAUCGCAGAUGGACCAAAGAGUGGUUUAGCUAAUGGUGCUAAAAACGAGCCUUUAGCUACUUGGGUGCACAAAAGUUUUCAGGGUAUACUUACCAAUGAGACAAGGUGCUUGCAAUGCGAAACAGUAACGGCUAGGGAUGAAACAUUUCUCGACUUGAGUCUUGAUAUCGAACAAAACAGUUCAAUUACAAGUUGUUUGAAAAAUUUCAGUUCGACCGAGACAUUGAAUGCCGAAGACAAAUUUUUUUGUGAUAAGUGCUGUAGUUUGCAAGAAGCUCAGAAGAGGAUGAAGAUAAAAAAGCCGCCCCAUGUCUUAGUCAUUCAUCUCAAGCGGUUUAAGUACAUGGAACAGCUGGGCCGUUACAAGAAGCUGGUUUACCGCGUGGUCUUUCCCCUUGAACUCAGGUUGAGUGAUACAGAUGAAGAAGCAGAUAUUGAGUAUACACUAUUUGCUGUAGUUGUCCAUGUUGGGAGCGGGCCCAACCACGGGCAUUAUGUUUGCCUUGUAAAAAGCCAUAACCAUUGGCUAUGUUUUGACGACGAAACCGUUGAGGUAGUGGAUGAGCCUUCUGUUCAGACAUUCUUUGGGUCGACGUACGAUUUCAACAAUAAUACAGACCAUGGUUACAUUUUGUUCUAUGAUAGCAUCAAAAGAAAAUAGACGGAGGAGUCUUACGAGCUUUUUAGGAACUGGAAUCUUUUGGACAUGUCUGUUUCAUCUGUUUGAUUAUAACUUAUUUUCUAUUUUUACAAUUUUCUCUUAUUCAAACUGCUUGAGGUGUUAUUAUACCUCCAUGAGAGGAUAUGGGUUGUGAAAAUGUAUACUAGGUGGUUGCCAUGUACAGUUGAUAGUUAAAGCACUGCCUCCUUUUUUCCUCCCGUUUUUUUGUUGUUGAACUUUUCACAAUAAAAACAGUUACAACGGUCAACAGUAUACAUGCUGUCAAAAACUCA